ACCCGGAAGACAAGGGGCGGGGCCUCCCCUCUCGCUCCGCCCCUUCCGCCCAAACCAGAAGUCAAGGGGCGGCGCCUCCCUGAGGGGAAAUGGCGGCUCCCGCGGCAAGCACGUCGACAGCGGGCUCCGUCCCGGGGCCUUUCCGCUUCCGCCCGGCGCGGCUCCGCUUCCCCGCCCACCACCCGUUCUUCGAGGGCAGAGGUGCGGUGCCACUUCCAGGGCUGCGGGGAGGCCUUUGCCUCGCUGGCGGCCUUUGAGCACCACUACGAGCUGCUCCACCGGGACGCCUGCUCCGCCUGCCGCCGGGCCUUCCCCUCGCGGCGCCUGCUGGACCUCCACCUCCUGGAGCAGCACGGGGCCGCCCUCUUCCAGCUCCAGGCCCAGCAGCGCUGUAUGUUCCAGUGUCUAGUGGAGGGCUGCCCAGAGGCCUUCAGGAGCCCAGAGGACCGCAAGGAGCACCUCGUUGCUGCCCACUGCUACCCCCCGGACUUCCGCUUUGACAAGACCCCCAAACGCGGGAGCAGAGCGAAGGCAAGGAGACCACGAUCCGGGGAGGACGGCACUGCACCCAUGGAGGUAGCGGACCAAAAGGAGAUGGCGGAGGAGGCCAUGGAAGAGGGGCCCAAAGGGUCCCGCCAGGCCCGGAGGCAGGUGACGCCCAGAGUCCCCGCCAGCAUUUCCUUUGGGCAAGGAGCCCCCCGGGCCUUUGAGGGCAGGAGCGGCAGGAGGAAGCGGCCCUGAACAGAAGGACCGGCUGCUGGACGGCCCUCUCCCACGCUCUUCCCCUUUGCCCUUGGGCCUGGCCAGGAGUGGCCGGGGUCAGUCUUCUCAGGGGUGUGUUCAGAAAUAAACCAGCAUCCAGCCCA